AUGGCGGUCAACGGGGAAGCGGAGUCCGGGGUGGGGGCUGACGGUGGAGCGGCUUCUUCGGGUCCGGCUUUGCAGGGCUCGUCGCUGGUGGAACGCGGUAGCGUCGGGGGUGUCCAGCUGAGGCCCGGCUCGCGGAAGGCGGAUCCCUUGGACCUGGUGGCUCUGGCCGAGGAAGUGCAGAAGGUUUUGCAGGAGGCUACCAAAGAUGCUGACCUGCAUCAUGUCGCCUGCAAUUUUGUGAAGAAGCCAGGGAACAUCUACUACCUGUACAGAAGGGCAAGCGGGCAGAGAUACCUCUCCAUCUUAUCACCGAAGGACUGGGGCCCCAGCUGCCCCAGCGAGUUCCUCGGGGCCUACAAACUGCAGCACGACAUGUCCUGGACCCCUUCGGACGACGUCGAGAAGCGAGAAGCCGAGCUGAAUAUCCUGGAGAAGCUGCUGAGCCAGCAGGCCUCUCUGCCGCCGUGCAGCGAGCCGAACUUCCAGGGCCUGACCAUGUGAAGUCUGUUUGUGGGUGACCCAAACCGAGGAAGCUGGUGGGAGCGGCCAACGUUUCUGACCUGUACAUGCAAAAAAAAAAAAAACGGGUCCCCUUUGAGCAGUGCGGUGUCAGGACUGCACAAUGGGAGCGUCUGCACUGCACGGUUAUCUCAGGCUGCUGUCUGGACGUGGUGGGAUGGGCGUUUUCCCUCCCUGAUCGAUCUCUGAAUGUGAGCAAACAACAGCUGCUUUUUGUUAGCUGAGGGUUGGGUUUUUUUAGUGUCCCACACAGUUCUUUUACAAUCCCUGGGUGGACUCCACCUAGGAAGAGGUGUCUGAAGCCCAUGGAAGAUGCUCGCUAGAGAGUUGCCCAUGUUGUGUAUUGUAUUCUGUUGCCAGAUCUGUAGGGAUCUCUGAGCGCUUCUUUCCGUUGAUCCGGUCUGAAUCCUGCCUUUCCUCCAAGGAGCUGAAGGGGCACACACGAUUCUCCUCUGUUUUUCCUUCACGACAACCCUGUAAGGCAGAGGGAGGCUGAGACAGAGAGUGAUUUGAGUUUCAUGGGUGAGCGGGGAUUUGAACUUGGGUCCCGCAGCUGUGGUCCCAACAGUAACAAAUAUGCCCACCUGUUUUUUUGAGCCACUUUAUCCUGUGCUACUUUGAGAUCAGGAAAAGCCUGCGUGAGUCGAACUCAGGCUUCUUGUGCUGUCUCCUGGGCUCAGGGUGCAAGCCAGGAAGACCUCCGUUCAAAUCUCACUGCAGCCCAUGCCAACCCGCUGUUGUCUUGGCCCCCAUCACCAAAUGGGGGGGGGGAUGAUAAUACUAAUUUACUUUACAGGGUUCUCGUAAGAUGGUUGCAAUAAUGUGUGAUGCAUUCCAAAGACCUCA